AUGGCUAAGGAAAAUCAAUCCUUCACAACUGAGUUUAUCCUCAUAGGAUUUACAGAUUAUCCACAGCUGAAGAUCCUUCUGUUUCUGCUGUUCUUUGCCAUCUAUCUGAUCACCAUGGUGGGUAAUCUUGGCCUGGUGGCAUUGAUAUUUAUGGAGCGUCAACUUCAGACACCAAUGUACAUCUUUCUGGGCAACCUGGCUCUGAUGGAUUCCUGUUGUUCUUGUGCCAUUACUCCCAAGAUGUUAGGAAACUUCUUUUCUGAAGACAGAGUGAUUUCCCUCAAUGAAUGCAUAGUACAAUUUUAUUUUCUCUGCCUUGCUGAAACUGCAGACUGCUUUCUCCUGGCAGCAAUGGCUUAUGAUCGCUACAUGGCCAUAUGUAGUCCACUGCAGUACCACACCAUGAUGUCAAAGGAGCUCUGCAUCCAAAUGACCAUAGGGACCUUCAUAGCUAGCAACCUGCACUCCAUGAUCCAUGUGGGGCUUCUGUUAAGGUUAACUUUCUGCAGAUCUAAUAAAAUUGACCAUAUUUUUUGUGAUAUCCUUCCACUCUACAGACUCUCUUGUACUGACCCUUACAUCAAUGAACUAAUGAUAUAUAUUUUUUCAAUGCCAAUUCUAAUCCUCACCAUUGCCAUUGUCUUGAUUUCUUAUAUUUGCAUCCUUUUCGCUGUUUUCAAAAUGAAAUCCAAAGAAGGAAGAGUCAAAACAUUUUCUACCUGUUCAUCCCACUUUCUGUCUGUCUCAAUAUUCUACAUUUGUCUAUUCAUGUAUAUUCGACCACUUGGAGAAGGGAAUAAAGAUAUACCAGUGGCUAUUUUUUAUACAAUAGUAAUUCCUUUACUAAACCCUUUUAUUUAUAGCCUGAGAAAUAAGGAGGUGAUAAAUGCUAAAAAAAUUAUACGGAAUCAUAUUCUUAAAUGA